UUAAAAAGUGUGGAAGUGAUAGGCAAUCCCAUCGAUAUAGAACCAGACGAUUUAGAUGUCAACCAAAAUUUAGGCAAGUUCGAUUUCGAGAACUAUGAGAACGAGCUUGAAGAUGCAAAGAUCGAAAAUAAUGGACACACAAUUCAAAUAACUCCGGGAAUCAAAGAUGAAAUAUACUUCACGAAAGGUGGAUUAGACGACAAGUACAAAUUUCUACAACUUCAUUUUCAUUGGGGCUCUGACAGCAAGCAGGGAUCAGAACACACUAUUGAUGGCGAGCGCUUUCCCAUGGAGAUGCACUUGGUUCACAUGAAUAUGAAUUAUAAAACAAUGGAACGGGCGCAACGCAAAGAAGAUGGACUUGCUGUGCUUGCAGUUCUGUUUGAAGUAAGUGAUGCAGAUAAUCCAGCACUGGAACCUAUCAUUGAAAAACUAGAUGAUGUUCGAAAAGAAGGGGCUAAAGUCGACAUAGAUGGCCUCACCCUCAAAUCUAUACUGCCAGACGACCUUAUGCCGUACUACAGAUAUGCAGGUUCUUUGACCACGCCACCCUGCUUGGAGAUUGUCGUUUGGACUAUCUUUAAAGAUCGUGUGCCCAUCAGUGAAAAACAGGUAAUGCUUCAUCUAGCAUUUUUUAUUUAUAAUAAUAAAAGAAAGACUUUCUCUAACUCUGUGUAG